AGGUCAGCCAUUGCCAAUUAUUAUCACAGACUCACCAUGAAGUAUAAUGAAAUUUCCCACUUCUGCCACCCUCAACACAAGCUCAAAUUCGAGUACAAUGAAGUUCCGUUCAAGUGUGACGGCUGCAAAGAAGUAGGAAUUGGAUCGCGUUACAAAUGUUCCACAUGUGAUUUCGAUCUUCACGUACACUGUGCUGUUCCUUCCCCUUCAAUCUCUCACCCUUUUUACACCAAAUGCUCCUUCCAGUUCCUGUCGAGGCCGCCGGGGGACAAACCCCGCUACUGUAACGCCUGCGAGAGGGACGUUACCGGCUUUGUCUAUCACUGCAAGACGUGUGGGUUCGACCUCCAUCCCUGCUGCGCGAAGCUUCCAAUGGUGCUCGACGACGGCGAAGUGAAGCUGUAUCUGUACAUGAAGGUGAGCUCUUCGUGUCACAAAUGUGGACGCAAAGGGAGGAGCUGGAGUUACAGGUCGGCCUGCAAGAAAUAUAAUUUGCAUGUGGCUUGUGUGAAAGAUAUGUUGGUGGAGAAUUGGCAUGAGUUAUAUUUUGGACGUGGGAAAAGCCGGAAAUUGGAAACUAGAAUUCCGAGUUUGAAGAACACUCUGCAGACUCACCACAAGAAGAGUAAAGGGAAGGUGCAGAAAUGCUGCGAGAUGGCUGGUAUGGCGGUACAAUUUGUGAUUUCGGCCGUGCUCGGAGAUCCGACCACUCUUAUUGCUGGGGUUAUUGGGAACUUGAUGUCGAGAGGAUGAUGAUCGACGAUCGAUCGUCGGUAAUGCUAUCCUUUUCCGAGAAUUGUAUGAUGUCAGAUGGUAUGAAUAACGAUUAUGUUUGGAUCAUUGGAUAAGUA